CUGUUUCCCCGAUUUAAACCGGAAACGGCGUAAUUAAGCCGAAACAAACGAGGCCAAUGACUACUCUAAACCCCGACGAUAAGAUCCUAAGCUAUGGCGACGUCGUCCUCCGCCGCUCCGAUCUCGAUAUUCUCCGCUCUCCCUCCUUCAUCAACGACCGCCUCAUCGAUUUCUAUUUUGCCUACCUCUCGUCCUCCCACUCCUCCGCCGGCGGCGGCGAAGGUCGCCUUCUCCUAGUCCCACCCUCCAUAUCAUUCUGGCUCUCUAACUGCCCGAACAUUACCUCCCGAAUUGAAGCUGCCACACCUCUUAGUCUCCACGACCGCGAUCUCGUCAUCUUCACCGUCAACAACAACGAUGAUGUAACCCUAGCCGAGGGCGGUACGCACUGGAGUCUCCUGGUAUACGAUAGGGGCAACAAUGUUUUUGUUCAUCACGAUAGUUGUAAUGGACUGAACCAUCAGCACGCUCGGCGUCUGUAUGAUGCCGUGAAGAACUUUUUUGGCGGAGAUCCCAGAUUUAUGGGGGGGCAGACGCCGCAGCAGAGGAAUGGGUAUGAUUGUGGAUUGUAUGUGAUGGCGGCGGCUAGGGUGAUUUGUGAUUGGUUUGAGAAUGGGAAGGAGGGGGGUGAAAAUUGGUUGAAAAAGUUGGACAUGGAUGUUGGUGAGGAGGCGGUUGCGAGUUUGAGGCUAGAGGUGUUGAGUUUGAUCGCCAGUUUGGGCGGGAGAGUGUAAUUAGCAGAGCAAAGCGUGAGGUAUGCUGUGAAAGAGAAGGAAAUUCUUUUUUUACCUAUCUUUCUUACAAUCAUAUAUGUGAAUGUUAGUUAUUUGCUUAAAUAAUGCAUAGUCCACGCUUUUUAGUAA